UAUCUCAUUUCAUUUCCUUUGAGUGCAAUUUCACAAAUCGACCCCUUCUAAGGUGAUUGCAUUCGUUGGAUGCGAUGCCUAGGUAACCACCAUAUCGAAUCCAGUAUCUACACUCAGUUCAAUGUUUUUUUCAGAGUUACGUUUCGCGUUAGCUGAGACUGAUCGCCCUGUUUACUGAUGGAACGAACGGAAGAGACGAAGUCAUUGUUUCAAACUCACAGAUACACUCAUGCGCUUGCUCGCUUAAUGGUUGGCUUAGUGAUUGUUGCGUUGGUUUGUAGUUUUCGAUUUUUUUUUUCAAGCGAGUAUUGCGCGGUCUACGCUCACCCAAACAAAGCUGUAUUACAUAGUCAGCCAAUUGUGAUUUUGGCCCCAAAAUGAAAAUAAAAACAAAACAUAAAUAAAAAAAAUAAAAACUAUUUACAAAUAGGUAUCAUAAUAACAAUAACAACUUCAAUUUAUCGGCUGGCAUCGAGUGAUCAUAAAAACACACACACACACACACAAGAUUGAGUUCAUUUGUUAUGAAUUGGCUCCCUUAGAGGCGUUAAAUGUUUGUUUGUCUUUCUUUCGAAUGGCUUAGAGGUGGUUUGUAAACCAGUGUAAUUCGGUUUUAAAAAUUCUUUUCUCCAUCUUCGUGUGUGUGUGUGUGUGUAUUCAAGUGUUCCUGUCUUUAUUUUGUGUUCUUAUUUUGGGGAGCGGGGGGUUCCCGCCAGCUUCUAUGGAAAUCAACGACUUCGAUGUGUGUCUGUCGUCUAUAUCAUGGAUUUAUCUUUUGUUCUCUAGCAGUGAAUUGAAUGGAGAACCGAAAUAACGGCAGAUGCAACAGAAAUUGCUGAACUGGUAGUACCGGUAUUUAUUUUGGUCAAGUUUGGUGAACACAAAGUAAGUGGAUAAGGCCAAAUUGCAAUGAGUGAAUUCAGUGAUUUUAAAGAAAUACAAAAGCAACAACCAUAUUAAACUAAUAUGCAAAGCAAAGAAAUACCAACAACAACAACAACAACAGCAGCAGCAAUAAAAACCCACAACGUACAAUGGGUUGUUAACAACUCCCCUGUAAUGGAACGUGUUGGAAUUUCGCCUCAAAAAAUAAGCAGAAAAUCACAUCAAAAAAAUACACAUCAAUAUUUGUGAAAUACACACACACACAAACGUACGCGUCAACACAUCAAUGGUGUGAACAAAACAAAGCAAAUUUACAAAUUAUUUAAAUCAAUAACAAGAAAAUUAUAAAUUGCUAACAAAUUCGUGGUAAGCACAAAAACUGUACCAUAGCCUCUCUAAGCCUCCCGAGUGGCUUCCCCCCCGCGCACACGCACACACCAAACACACAUUAAAUAAUCAAAUAUUGAUGACGUCCAACUCUGCCGAAUUGUGAGUGAGCAGAGAUGGCAUAACACCCAAAGUGGAUACGUUUUGCUUUGGUCGAACAACGUUGGGGCCAUUUGUUGAAAAUUUGGCUAAGCUCUUUAAAAUGACACGUGCAUGCUGUCGUUUUGGAUCGAAUUGGAGCUGAGAUAUUGGCAGUUUGCUGGCCACUUCCUGCUGUGCUGCUGCUAGUGGGCGUCAUUAAAGACGGGCCCGGCCUUUUUUUGUGAAAUUUCAACAACAACGGUGGCGGCCAAAAUCGCAACAUGACAGUUUCCUAUGCCGGUGAAGUGCCAAAUGGCAGUAGUUUUGGCUGUUUUUGGAAAAUUUUAUGGAAAUGGCGCGGCAGUGUUUACAAAUUAGUGUGGCGUGAACUAAUCGCUUAUUUAUGUUUAUAUUAUACAAUAAAUUUUUUAUAUAGAUUUGCCUUUACCGAAUAUCAACAAAAAAUAUUUCAUAAGAUACGCACAUACUUUGGCCAACAGGGUGAAAGUAUACCCAUGUCCUUUGUGCUGGGCUUCUAUGUGAGCCUGGUGGUGAAGAGAUGGUGGGAGCAAUACAGACUCUUGCCUUGGCCCGAUACGUUGGCCCUCUUCAUAAGUGCUGCCAUACCAAAUUCAAAUGGAGGCGUUAAUAACGAAACAGGUCGUUUAAUGCGUCGCAACAUCAUGCGUUACAUGGUUCUGGCCUAUGUCAUAACCCUGCAACGCAUUUCGCUUAGAGUUAAACGUCGCUUCCCCACCACACAACACCUCGUGGAUGCUGGUCUCAUGCACGAGUCUGAAAUGAAGAUAUUCGAAUCUCUGAAUCAGAAGAGUCCCAUGUCCAAAUACUGGAUGCCCCUGGUUUGGGCUACAAAUAUCAUAAAUCGUGCCCGCAAAGAGAAUCUCAUCACCUCCGAUCACAUCGUACAAACCAUACUGGUGGAAUUGUCGGAUAUACGCAGACGUUUGGGUGGUUUAAUUGGCUAUGAUACGGUUUGUGUGCCAUUGGUGUAUACACAGGUUGUAACCCUAGUAUUAUAUACCUACUUCAUUGCCGCCUUAGUGGGUCGCCAAAUGUUGCCGUAUAUGCCCACCCAGAAUGGCAAAGAGGAUUCGGAUCUGUACUUCCCCCUAUUCACCGCCUUGCAGUUUGUUUUCUAUGUGGGGUGGCUGAAAGUGGCCGAGGUGCUCAUCAAUCCCUUUGGCGAAGAUGAUGAUGAUAUUGAACUCAACUGGUUAAUCGACAGACACAUUAAGGCUGCCUACAUGAUUGUCGAUGAGAUGCACGAAGAGCAUCCGGAAUUGUUACGCGAUCAAUACUGGGAGUGUGUGGUGCCCAAGGAUUUGCCAUACACAGUGGCCUCUGAGCACUAUCGCAAGGAUGAGCCCAAAGGUUCGGCCGAAAAUUACAAAGUCAAAAAGGAAGAUGCCAUGUAUGCCAACAUUGUACCCGGUGGAGGAAAACGUACCAUGUCCGAUGAUGUUUAUGCAGAUUAUGAAAGCGUUGAUACUCCCAUGGUGGAGAGGCGUAAAAACAAUAACUGGCUUGUGCGGCAACUAUCACGAAUGGGUUCCAUGCGCAGCCAAUCAACGGCAUAUUCUUCCGGUGGCAUGGCAUUUAAUCGCAAUCGCUUAAAUUCCGUCUACUCAAGCCCCGAAUCUGGUCUCCCAAUGACCAUUGUCCAACAACAACAGCAGCAACAUAUACAGCAGCAGAUGCAAUCCAAGCCCAGCCUGUAUGAUAAAUUUGUGCAUCGUAAGUCCCUGCGGGCUCAGAGACAGCUCAUCAAACAAAACUCUCGUUUGAAUGGUUUGAAUGUAAAUGCUUCCAAAUCUCGACCUCGUAUACCCACUCCCGAUGUUACCAAGGAACCAAAUAUUGACAAAGAAAUUAAUGCCCCCAUCAAUACCACCAACACUACUACCACCACAAACAAUGCAAAUACCGCAGUUCUUAUGACACCGCAAUUGAGCACUCAAACCACCAUGUAUCCCUAUGCAAGCACCACCAACAAUAAUCUCGACGGGCAAGUGUUGGGCACUCUCCUAUUGUCACCCAUCAAGGAAAUGGACAGUUCGUCAUCGAAUAACACCCUAAUUCCAGGACACCCACAAACAACGGCACUGGCACAGGCAGUACUGCCAACAAAUUUGGCAUCUUCCAUGCCGGUAACAACGAAUAUCACCACACUGUCGUUCCCUUUCACUGUCACCACAAGUGCCACCGAUACAGCGGCUACUCUUAAUAUUCUACCGAUUACCUCGAAUCAAAUACCAACUAUAACCACUACUUCGUCGGCUUUUGAUAAAAAUGAAGUUAUAACCACCAUACCGGUGUCUCUCUCCAUACAACGUUCUCCCUCGUCCUUGUCUAUUAGUGAAUUGAAUUUUAACGACAAGAUGGAUAACAACAAUGCCACUGGCACAGCCAUACUCUCCGUGAAACCUCUCAACGGCGGCACCAAUAUUUCCCGCAACAAUAGUUUCAAUGCCAACCUCAAUCUGAAUAUCAGUGAUUCCUAUCUGCUAGAGCGUCGAAACUCUGUUCGUUCCGAAGGCCAUCCGGAAAUCAAGGAUAUCACGGACAGUGCCACCAUCUCACAUCACAAGAGCAAUGCCAUGGCCAAAGAGAAGAGUUCCUCAGCGGCGACAUCGGCUCCUUCGACUUUAGCCAAACGUCCGCCGGAGCAAAAAACCGGCGAAGUUUAUGUGUGAAACGAUGCACAAGACCAGAGCGAUUGCCAGCCUCUGUCCGUCCUGAAUAUUUCUUUAGCUAUGACGAUUUAUUCCCAAACAAAGGUUGUGAAAAUGGAAUCUUAACUUAUUUUACUGACAUGUGUUAUACUAUGUUUCUUACUUCUCCCUAAUAAUAUUAGUCAAAAUGAUCCUUAAAAAGGAUUUGCUAUAUGCAUAUAUAUAAACAAAUAAAUAAAAGUCUAAUUUAAGCAAGCAUUAAGUGCUAGCAAAUGUCUUGCACAAAAAAUUAUUGCCUAUACUUAGAGAACAAUACGAUGUAGUAGGGCUUUAAAAGCAAAACACACCUAGAUGUUUAUGGUAGGAAUCUCGUUAUGAUUACUUAAGAUGUUUAUAAAUUGUAUAUGAUCUUUAAAGUUAUUAUAUAUUGUAAACUAUAAUCCAUAUAUGUGUAUGUAUGUGUGUAGCUAUCGAAUAAGAUGAAUUUUAUAUUUAAGAAUAAAUUUUGUUUUGCCUUCUAAACUAA